UGUACCUUCGGGAAGAUUGGAAACUAGUGUUUGAAUUUCAUAUUUAGUUAUAAACAAACGGAAGAAAAGAAUACCUCUGAUCGUUUGAAAUCAUCCUGGAAAUUUAGUCUUAAUUGGUGAAUGCGAUGUCAUGGCUGCUUUGGGGUCUGCAAAACGUGAAUGGAAGUUCACAAAAGAGGAAAUCCGAGCAAAACUUGACGAACUUGGUUAUAAUGAUAUACCAGAUAAAGCGUUAAAGGAAUUUUCCAAUGAUUUGCAUAAACUUAUAUCCUCUGAUAAAACAAAAAAAGAUAUUCAUCAAAGAGGUGAUAUUUCACCGCAGUCCACUACAAACUACAGUCCAGCUUCAACCAGCAGCAAUCAAUCAGUAGAUGUACAAAAUGGGAAUGGCAAUGGGAAGAGGGUAACAAACAAAGCCAGCACAUCAACAGUAUACAGCGAUGAUGAAUAUAGUUUUGAACAGACUCCAGAGCAUAACAGAUAUGCAUUGGGAGACAAAGAAAACCAGAAUGCAACAUCCCUGAGAAUGACACAAAAGCGAAAGGUUCUCAGAAGAAAGAAUGGAAAAGCUCAUGUAUUUGAUGAAUCAUUCAGUCAAGAAGCUGUCACAGACAUAUCAGAUGUGGAGAAAAGGUUACAAAGGCUGCCAGUAAAGGAAGACAUUAAUACAACUGAUUCUGAAAGCAUUGAGAGUGAAGACUUGUCAGAAGAAAGCUCAUCAGUAUUACAACCAUGGGGGAGAAAUAGAAAUGUGUUACCAUCCUUUAUCAGACCACGAACAUCAGAUCCUGGUACUAAAGGCAUUAGAAAGACAGACCCAGUUAGCAGAUACCAUCAGUUCAAGCAAGAAUGGUCAUCAAAUAAAGUUCCUGGUGAGAGGACUCACAAGAGCCUUCGAUGGUCUACUAGGGAAAAAAUGUUGCAAUAUGAAUCAUUUGAGAAACCCAGACGUUCCUAUGUUCCCAAUAAUUAUGUUGCACCAACAGAAAAGAAACGGCAAGCUUUGCGCUGGGAAGUCAGAAGUGCGCUUGAAAACUGUUAAAUAUAUUAGUAGAGUAUAGAUAAAAUUAUUUUGAAUGAGUUGUCUCUUUAGAAGUUAAAUAAAUUGCACUUCAUUUUUAAUUCA